AUGGCCACCCUCCCGGUAUCGCCGCGCUUUUCUAAGGGCACAGAUGAGACGACUGCGGUGUCAAGCCUCCAGUCGCUUCUGUCCUCCGAGGGCGGCCGUUGGACGCUUACCUCAGAAGGCGAAGCCCUGGAGCGGAGCUUCAAGUUCAAAACCUUUGCCAAGACUUGGGACUUCAUGACUGCCGUGUCUCUGCAGUGCAAGGUAUAUAACACCACGUUUAUUCGAUGGACUACACACAACCCCAAAGGCCUCUCCACAAAGGACUUUGAGCUGGCCUCUCUGUGUGACUCUAUCGCCAAAGACUUUGGAGAAGUGGAACCAGAGCCUGUGACAUGCGAGAUCAGGAAUCUCGUAGAUAGUGCUACGGUGUCUGCAGGCGAUUGCUGCACGCCCAAGAAAUAA